ACUCGGGGCUGCUCGGCGGCGGGCGGCGCGGCGGGCGGGUCCCCACACCUCCAGGCGCUUCCCGGCAGCCCUCCGAGCCGUGCCAGAGGACCAUCACGCCGAUCCCAGCCCCGAGCCAUGAUGAAGACCUUGUCCAGCGGCAACUGCACGCUCAGCGUGCCCGCCAAGAACUCAUACCGCAUGGUGGUGCUGGGCGCCUCCCGGGUGGGCAAGAGCUCCAUCGUCUCCCGCUUCCUCAAUGGCCGCUUCGAGGACCAGUACACACCCACCAUCGAGGACUUCCACCGCAAGGUGUACAACAUCCGAGGGGACAUGUAUCAGCUGGACAUCCUGGACACCUCUGGCAACCACCCCUUCCCCGCCAUGCGCAGGCUCUCCAUCCUCACAGGCGACGUCUUCAUCCUGGUCUUCAGCCUGGAUAGCCGGGAGUCCUUCGACGAGGUCAAGCGCCUGCAGAAGCAGAUCCUGGAGGUCAAGUCCUGCCUGAAGAACAAGACCAAGGAGGCGGCCGAGCUGCCCAUGGUCAUCUGUGGCAACAAGAACGACCAUGGCGAGCUGUGCCGCCAGGUGCCCAGCACGGAGGCCGAGCUGCUGGUGUCGGGCGAUGAGAACUGUGCCUACUUCGAGGUGUCGGCCAAGAAGAACACCAACGUGGACGAGAUGUUCUACGUCCUCUUCAGCAUGGCCAAGCUGCCGCACGAGAUGAGCCCGGCCUUGCACCGCAAGAUCUCGGUGCAGUACGGCGAUGCCUUCCACCCCCGACCCUUCUGCAUGCGCCGCGUGAAGGAGAUGGACGCCUACGGCAUGGUCUCCCCUUUCGCCCGCCGGCCCAGCGUCAACAGUGACCUCAAGUACAUCAAGGCCAAGGUCCUGCGCGAGGGCCAGGCCCGAGAGAGGGACAAAUGCACCAUCCAGUAGCCAGAGGGACACUGGGCAGGCUUGAGCACUGCCUUAAGGGAAGUGGCCCCAGCUGCCCAC